CCUCUCUGUGCUCAUAGCCACCUGGCCAAGACGUUGGGCUACCUGGAGUUGGGACCAGGGGGGCUCCUCAAGCACAGCCCCUAUGGUGCCCUGAAGCCGCCCCCGGUGCUGCUGCCCGCAGAGCCCCCCCGCAGUCCCUGGGAUUGGCAGCAAAAUGGGACGGGCAGCGACCCGCCCAGCAUCGCCCGCCGCAAACCCCCCCUGAAAUCCUCCCGUUCCAAAAAGAUCUUCGGCUGGGGCGACUUCUACGUCAGCAUCCAAACCCUCAAAUUCAGCCUUCUGUUGACGGGUAAAAUUGUGGACCACGUCAAUGGUACCUUCAGCGUCUACUUUCGUCACAACUCCUCCAGUCUCGGCAACGUGUCGGUCAGCAUCGUCCCCCCCAGCAGGGCGGUGGGUUUCGAGGUGCUGCUGCCGGCCCAGCUCCCUCCUCCGCCUUUGCGCCCGGCUCCGGCCCAGCAAAGCACCCUUCCCGAGGGGAGAUCCAAAGCUCUCAACUGCCACGUGGAAUACGAGAAAACGGACCGCGCGAGGCGGAACCGUCCCUGCCUGUACGACCCCAGCAAGGUCUGCUUCACCGAGCACACGCAGAGCCGCGCCGCGUGGCUGUGCGCCAAGCCCUUCAAGGUCAUCUGCAUCUUUGUCUCCUUCCUCAGCAUCGACUACAAGCUGGUGCAGAAGGUCUGCCCCGACUACAACUUCCAGCACGAGCAUCCCUACUUCGGCUGA